AGCACUUAGGGUUUUAUUUUGUAGUGCAUAAUGUCUAGCUGGGGUAUUGAACCAACAUUAUAGGGUAACUCUAUUUAAGUUUUACAUUUGUAUAUAUUUAGGACGCUUCUGUACUAUUUCUUCUUCUACUAUGCCCUCCCAUCCCCUCCUGCUAUCUUUUUAUCUCUCUAUAUUAUUGAAAACCAUCACUCAAGUUCCAGAAGAGAACCCUUUUGGGGGUGAAUACUUGAGCGUGCAGAUUUAAGUCAUUUUUUGUUUCUUCUCAUUUAUUCUAAAAACAGUUGAAAUAUCUUCAUAAACGUAUACCGGUUUUAUUUUUGAUUUCUCAAGACAGGGUUUCUCUGUGUGGCUUUGGCUGUCUUGGUACUCGCUCUGUAAACCAGGUUCACCUUGAACUCACAGAGAUCCACCUGCCUCUGCCUCCCGAGUGCUAGGGUUAGCCCACUGCCCAGCAAUAUGUGCUUUUUUUUUUUUUUUUUUGUUCUUUUUUUUCAGAGCUGGGGACCGAACCCAGGGCCUUGCGCUUCCUAGGUAAGCGCUCUACCACUGAGCUAAAUCCCCAGCCCCUAAUAUGUGCUUUCUUAAAUGCAGCAUUCAGAGUUACAGGAAGCCUCCUGAACACUGGACUCAUAGGCAAAUCAUAGGCAACCUGAAGCUUGGUUCAACUUCUGAGGGUGCAUUUUGAGCAAUCUCUCUGUCUCUCUGUCUGUCUCUGUCUCUCUCUGUCUCUGUCUCUGUCUCUGUCUCUCUCUCUGUUCCAUUUUCACUGGCUUUCUCUUCUGUGUGCCCUUAAAUCUGUUCUCUCCAGUGAAGACGCUUGUGACUGUCCUUAAAGGCUCCCUGGGUGGUAACCAAUCUUGAGUGGGCCCUGCUCAAGAAGCUUAAUGUGAGCACAUCUGCCAGGGUAAGACAAGCAUGCAGCACUGUCAGAACUAGGGGAAAGCCUCUCUGGAGGCUGUUCUUCAGCCUUGCACAGCUCUGCUGGCGUCCUUCUUUGGGAUCAUGGGAAUUCUGGUGCCAGUGGAGCACCUGUGAAGAAUUGAAGGUCCUUAGAGUCUAGACCAAGGCUCAGAACCCAGUUACGGUGAUGUUAAAAAUCCACCCACAACUCUCCAGAGAGUAGCCUGCAUCACCAGAGAUUGCCAUGGUGUGCAGUGCUGGACCAGAAUGCAGGGCUGUGUGGACUUGUCCGGCCUCCUGGAGGGGCCUCUGGCAUAUGCUGAGCAGCAAAGUUCCCAUUUGUGUAUCCACAGCCCAUGGAGUAUUCAGGACCAGUGAGGUGGCCAUAUGUUACUCCUAACAGGCAUCAUGAGAGCCAGGACAGGCAGUGGGAUCCUGGAGACUUUGGAAGCUUGGGCAGGAGUGGGAUGGGGUGUGUAAGAGGGUGGGGGUGUGUGCUAAACGGGAACACCUACUUCCCCUUCACCCAGUGCUGCCUGCCAUAGCUUCCUUCUGUUUAUUCAUCUUCCUGUUCCUUCCUGGAGUUGAGCAUUGGGUGUGUUGAUUCAGGAAGUGGCUAGGGGGGCUGCGGGCUCCGCUGGAGGAUAAGUACUUCCUGUCUUUUCCAGGCCCCUGGAAAACCAAGCUCGUUUGGAAUUCAUCUUAAGUGAGUCUUAUAAUGAUUUCCCACAAAACCACCCAGGUGGGAAGCAGGGCCAGACCUGUUGAAAAGGGCGAUAUCUGGUGAGAUGGGUGGGGGGUCAGUUGUGUUCUGGGGGCGGGGCGGGGGUCGCCCCUGCUCUUGUCCUUCUAAGCAGGAGAAUGCCAGGCGAGUUUCCUAUUGUUGUCACCUCAUCUGGCACCUCACUGCAAAGGUCCCUACAGACCGGUAGGGCAGCUCGUUCUUCUGGUUCAACUUGCUCAGCCCACCAGGGUCCAUCUGGGGUUAGAGUCGUACUCGGGAAUUCCUAUGUUCUUUUCCUGUAAAUGAGCACCCAGAGGAGGACUGACCUCACAUAUGGAGGAGGCGGCUUAGCAAUUGUGGCGUGCUGACGCCAGCCUGUAGUCGCCUAGGGCAGUCAGUGAGUAGUUCAGCGCGAACUCCCAAGCUCCCAUCCUUGGUAAGGGUUGCCAGCUCCUCAUAGGCUUGCUCAGAGACUUUCAAAGAUCCCUGGAAUCCCGGGGAGGAUGGCGUCCUAGGCCUAGAGCUGGCCGCUGUGACAGCUUUUUUCAACAUCCAGUAUUUCAUCUUCAGCUGCUAGUGGCUCGGUAAGGCGUCUACUCUGUGCCCUGCGCGCAGCGCUCGCUAGAGACAGGUUCACGUGGUCACUUGGCCUGAAAGCGCCUCCCCGUAGGUUUUUCCUAAUCUGGGACACUCAGCAGAACAGAAAUGAGUGCGGGCCACCUCUUCUGUCCCACCCGGUCGUGAGCGCGCGUGCGCGCGCGUUAGGACCCAGCGGGGUAGCCGCGGGACCCUGGAGUGGGAGUGACCUCCAUUGUGACGCCACGGGGCGGGGCUUCCUCUGGCUGGGACUGAGGGACAGAAGGACCGACUGGCGCGGCGUGGCUGGUCCGGAUGGUGGCUGACUGCGCAGGAUAGCGGCAGCCAUGUGGAGGUGACAGUCAGCUUGCGGACUCAGAGAGCCCAAAGGAGGUUGGCCCAGGUGGACAUCGCUGGCUGGCAGCGCGGCCUCGGUGCUGGCGAUGGAAGCGGAAGGCUUGGGUUGGCUUCUGGUCCCGUUGCACCAGCUGGUUUCCUGGGUGGCCGCUGGGGCCAUGGUCUUCGGAGGGGUGGUGCCGUACAUACCCCAGUACAGGGACAUCCGGAGGACUCAGAACGCUGACGGUUUUUCCACCCACGUGUGCCUGGUGCUAUUGGUGGCCAAUAUCUUACGGAUACUCUUCUGGUUUGGCAGGCACUUCGAGUCGCCGCUCCUGUGGCAAAGCAUAGUCAUGAUCCUUACGAUGCUACUGAUGCUGAAGCUGUGCACCGAGGUCCGCGUGGCCAACGAGCUGAACGUCAAGCGCCGCUCCUUCGCAGCGACAGACAGUAAGGAUGAAGAACUCAGAGUGCCCCCCAGGCGGCCCUACCUGGACUUCGACCCUCAUCAUUUCUGGCAUUGGAGCAGCUUCGCAGACUAUGUGCAGUGUGUUCUGGCCUUCACAGGUGUGGCCGGCUACAUCACCUACCUGUCCAUCGACUCGGCUCUGUUUGUGGAGACGUUGGGCUUCCUGGCAGUGCUGACGGAAGCCAUGCUGGGUGUGCCGCAGCUGUAUCGGAACUAUCGUCACCGCUCCACGGAGGGCAUGAGCCUCAAGAUGGUGCUCAUGUGGACAAGUGGGGACACCUUCAAGACAGCCUACUUCUUGCUCAACGGCGCACCUCUGCAGUUCUCCGUCUGUGGUCUACUACAGGUCAUGGUGGACCUGGCCAUCCUGGGGCAGGCCUAUGCCUUUGCUCACCACCCCCAGAAGCCAGCACCCCAUGCAGUGCAUCCUGCCAGUGCCAAGGCGCUCUGAGGAAUCUAGGGCGGACGAGGACAUGCGCGACUGACCAACCGUGGGUGCUGAGUCCCGAUCCGUGCUUCUGCACCAGGGAGCUUGGCCCUGUGUACCCCACAGGUGGGCCAGGCGUAGGCAGAGAUUAAGUUGAGCGCUGCGUCCCCCUCAGCCUUCAGGUGGGGGACUCAGGGUCAGUGGAGCUAGGGCUGGCUCUGUGGUGUUUUCAAGAUGAUAGAAAAGGCAGAUUGUCUUUCCUUACCUCCUCCAGAAAAACACUGGCCCGAUCCUGAAAUAGGUUCAUGCCACUGAGCAAGAUGGCAGGCACAGCAGGCAGUGGAGUUCCUUCCUCUCAGCCAGCUUCCCUCAGUGAGCCUCUGCUCUCCCAGCAGAGCCUGUGGCACUCUGGACAGUGUGUAGUCAUGGCUGCGGGUGGCUUGUCUGUCCUCAAGUUCUGCCCUGUCCUGCCCUUGUAUGCCACGGGUAUGUGUACAGCACCUGGGGUGGAUGGAAGCCGCUGGCCCGACACGGGUCACACUGUAUUUGGCUUCCUCUCUGAGCUCAUCAUGAGAUUGUGUUACGCUCGGCAGCCUUGUGCUGACCUGGCUGGCUCCUGGGUCCAGAAUGUUCUAGAUGCUUCUGUAUAACAGUACCGUCCCUUCUGCUGGGCAGAAGAAUUUCUCCUGCACACGAUGAUGCCAUCUACUUAGCACAACAGCUCUGAUGGUCACGGUGGCUCACCAGAUGGCCAAAGAGUCCGCACUGUGCCACCUCCAAGCUUCCCCCGGAUAUUCUAAGUGUGUGAGCGAGAUUCUUGCUUACUCUCUGGCCUGUAAGAUGCUUGUAAGAUGUUUAUUUUUAAAAAACCGAAGGGAGAUGUCGGUAGUGCUAAUUACCUCCAAAAUAAAUGCCACCGAUGGCAGCCCUAGCUGCUGAAAUGAA